CUUCUUAUUUACAGAAGAUGAGGGAAUAACAAUACUGUCUGACGUGGCUACCGAAAAACGACCAUGGCGGGGAUUCUCCUAAUCUCCAACCCAACCUCACUCGUUCUCACUCUCUCCACGCACAGCUCCAACCCCUCUGCUCUCCGACCCACUCACACUCCCACAACCGCUUCAUUCAACUCUUCUCGCUUGCCCAAUUCGCCGGCGCUUACAUUCUCCGGUGACCCAUUGAAAACCAGAGCUAGAGCUAGAGGCACGAGUGUGGUCACGCGUGCAGGUCCCAGCACCGGAAGCUUUGUUCUUGCCUUCUUUUUGCCCUUAUCUCUCAUUCUCGUCACUGUCUUUGCCUCAAUCAGAAUCUCCGAUAAGCUCGAUAGAGACUAUCUCGAAGAGGUUGCGCUUAAUGAAGCUAUCAGACAAUCAGAGGAGGAUGAAGGUGAAGAUGAUAUUGAGUUGCCUUCGGAUAAUAAUGUGACUCCUCCACGUACUCGUAAUCGACCCAUAAGGGAAGUUUAGAGUCUUUUAUGUAGCUUUAUAUGUAUAAUAAUUCAUUUUUAUGGAUAAAUUGUAGUUCUCCAUUACCUUCUGUGUAUUCUAGUGACAAUUUUGAUCAUUAUAUGAAAAGUUCAUUUCUUGAGCUUCUUCCGAA